UCCUCUACCUAACGAUUCCCCUCAGCUUCUUCAACGCAGCACCUGCGGAGAUGGUCGUUAUUAUACUGUAAAUAAAAUAAUGACUAUCCCAUGUUAUGUUCCAGUCAGAGGUUGUAAGCUCUACGUCGGCAAUUAUAUGAUUCCUUAUAGAGCCAUGGAAUAUGAUCAAGGCGGAAUUCGUGUUGAUUUUAAUAAGUGUGACG